UUCAAUAGACCUGUCAAGCUGGACAAAUUUGCAAUACCUCCUUCUAGAGGGAAAUGAGUUUUCUGGAAGUUUGCCUCCUACCCUGCCUCUAAGUCUGGUAGUCAUGAAAUUGAAGGCCAACCAAUUUAUUGGCGAGAUUCCAGUACAACUGUGCAACCUCUCUUCUCUUACGAUACUGGAUCUCGCUGAUAACAAGCUUUCUGGAUCCAUACCUCAUUGCCUAUAUAACAUCAUGGGUUCAAUUCAUCAAGAAUUGAGGGCAGAAAUUCUAAACAUGUAUACUAAAGGAAGAGAAUUAGAUUAUAAAAGAAUUUGGUUGUUGCGGCAAGUUGAUCUUUCCAACAACAGCUUGUCUGGAGAAAUUCCUAAAGAAUUGUUUAGUAUGAACCAAAUGUGGUCCUUGAACUUGUCUCGGAACCAUUUGAUUGGAAAAAUUCCAAGAGAAAUUGGAAGCAUGAAAAAUUUGGAGUCUCUUGAUCUUAGUUACAAUAAACUUUCUGGAGAAAUUCCUUCCACCAUUUCAAAUUUGUCUUUUCUCAGUUGGUUGAACCUAUCAUACAAUAACUUGUAUGGACAAAUUCUAAUGGGAACCCAAAUUCAGAGUUUUGAUCCCUGGAGUUUUGUUGGCAAUCUUAACCUCUGCGGAGAUCCUCUUCCAAAGAGGUGCAACAAGAAAGAAGAAACCUUCCACUCAAAACCCGCUGAAGGAAAUGAAGAUGACGACUUUUUGAAAUCACUAUAUCUUGGAAUGGGAGUUGGAUUCGCAACUGGCUUCUGGGCAUUCUGUGGUUCUCUCUUCCUCAUCAGAGAAUGGAGACACAAAUUUUUCCGAUGGUUUGACUAUCUGAAGGAUCAACUUUAUGUUGCUGUGGCUCUCAAGUUCAGGAGCUUCCGUGAAAUAUUGGGAACAAAUCGCUGUUGAGCUGCAAGCAUUCAGUACUCCAUAUUUUGAAGUCUGGUUUUAUCAAUCUACUACUGCUCGGACGACUUUCUCUGGAAUUGCAAUCUCAUUCUGCUUGAAGGAAUAAGCAAGCAGCUUUGCUGUAGUUACACUUGCA